UUGUCUCCUGUUCUGAUCUCUUGUUACCGAACCCAGCUUGUGACCCAUUUAUCCUUCUGUCUACUCCUGCCCGACUCUGCUCUCGCUACCUCUUCACAUCAGGCUCUCACCUGCUAUACACCUCCGGUGGUGCUUCUACCACAGCUGGGUGAACCCGGGGGUCGCGACCUGGUCUCGGCCUGCUCUAAGUCCAUCCCCACCAUCAGGGGCCCUGGUGAACAAGCAGGUUGGGACUUAGAUUCCGCGCCUUGGGGGAUUCCGGUCUGUAGAACGCUAGAGGCUACCGCCGGCAGGGACAUAACA